AUGUCGCACAACACGCUAUCUAAAACCGGAUAUGUGCUAGUGGCACCUUUCUGGCUUAUCUGGAGAAUCAUUGUUUCCGGGCUUAACAGACGAAAUCUGUUUGGCUUGGCAUUCAACUUCUUCACCAACUUCUCUCCUGUAAUGAUCUGGUUGUUUAUAUUUCAACACGCCUCAUUAAUUCCAAAGUCCAUUCGUCCUCAGAUCCAUAGUAAGGUGGCUUUUCUAAUGGAUCAGUACCUAUUUGGUGACUGGUUUGGUGAGCUUGAGAAACAGGCUCAUCCUCUUCAUCCUCAGAUUGCUACACUUACCUCUGUGGUUUUUGGCUCCUUUUUAAUUAUGAUACCUCUUUCUAUCUGGUAUUACAUUUACUACAUCCGCAAGAUCAACUACAACAUCUUCAACUGGUAUGACUAUCUCUUCCAUUACAAAUUCGAAUACAUUAAUUGCACCUACAAGUUUAGACCUACUCGUCUCCGAGUUAUUAUCCCUUUUCUGCUCCCCUUGAUGGCUUCCAUAGCGUUGAAUAUUGACUACCUAUUUGCAUCCCAGGACCCGGCUAAUUUCACAAAGACCAAAGAUAUUAUAGCGUGGCUAUGCUACGUUGUGUUACAUGUUACCGUUCCGAUUCUAACCGCUAUUUAUCUCUAUGCUUUUAGACCUCCCGGAACGCUUAAAUGCUUUGGAUUUGCAAUAGGCUUGCAGAAUAUUGUUGCUGUUUUCACCCAUUUGCUUAUUCCCAUGGCUCCUCCAUGGUUUACGCACAUGUACGGUCUUAAUGAUACCGAGCAUGUAAACUACAACCAGGAAGGUUAUGCUGCUGGUCUCACCAGGGUCGAUUCUCAUUUGGGAACUCAUCUCAAUACUAAUGGAUUCCAUCAAUCUCCCAUAGUCUUCGGUUCCGUCCCGUCUAUUCAUUCCGCUGUGGCGUUUCAGUGCUUCCUCUUUUUGGAGUUCCAGUCUUGCUCAUCCUAUCAUUUCUGUAAGAAGUGGGCGUCCACUUUGGGGCAAUCGACUGCUAUCAGUGAUGAUUGCGAAGAAGCAUUAAUUUCCAAAAAGCCAAUCCACCUUCUGAACUUGAUUAAAUCUGCUAGCAGCUCUUCUGAUUCGAAUGAUUGCAGCACCGGAGCCUCUUCCUCCAGCAAUCCAUCCUCUUCCGAUUCAAGCGACACCUGGGUCAAUUCUUCUGAUUCUGAUCCAAGUGCUGACCCUUCGUGCGAGGAUCUCACUUUUUCCAAUUACCCCGAUCAAAUCGACGAAGUUGACGAAGUAGACGAUGAUAAUGAAGAUGAUGAUUACGAUACAUCUCUAGAAAUGCCAUUUACUAAAGAGCUACUUUCACCUGUAAAACACUCUUAUUCUUGGUUGCAGGGUCAUCUUUAUACAGCUUCUGAACCCAGUGGAUGGGCUAUCUGGAAGCUUUUAACACACAGUGCCAUUAUUUCUAGAUUUAUAGGAGCUAGUUUCCUCAUGGUGCAAUGGUGGGCUACCAUGUAUCUCGAUCACCACUUCAGGUUUGAUCUUUUCGUUGGAAUGCUUUAUGCUAUGGUUAGCUACUGUAUUGUGGAUUGGCUUAUUCUCCAGCCUAGAGUCAUGUUCAACUGGUGUCAGAUUCGCCUUAAAAACGUUGACGACAAGAAUAAUGAGGCCAAGACCAUGGGUAUGCGGGUCUUUGAGAACCAAUCAUUCAAAUGGUUCUUCGAUCCAUUUGCAUAA